AUGAGAUUCGUUGAUUAUGGUGGAGGUGAAUGCGACGCGGUUCACACCUUCAGCUCGAAGGAAUCAGAUUCCAACUAAACUUAGAUGCGCUGUUCGAUCAGUGGGUUUCUUUUUCGCUUCUAACUCUUCAAUAUCUUUUCCAAAUUUCUUUUGCAUAUCGAUCCUUUCCCAUUUUUGGCUUUUGAUGUUUUUGAGGGAUUGGCGUUUUGAGCUUUUCUCAGUUGUUCAUAAUCUGGUCUGGACGCUAUAGUAGAUGGUAAUUUGGAGAAAGAUUUCUGCUCGUAUUCCUGGGUUUCGGUCGAUUCUCAGGCUGUGUUUGGUAGCAGGAUAGCACUACAUAAAACUUGGUUGUAAUUAUGUCCAGACCUUGGGUUCUUGUCUGUCUGCUGUUAUUGAUCGUGUUCUCAUCGCAAUUUGAGUGGAGGCAACAGUAUGAGAACGAGCUUGAAGCAGGUCCAAACGCUACACAGAGUGAACCACAUGUGUCUGAUAGAGAGGAAGCUGUAAAAGAAAAGAUUAUCCUUUCCCAGGAGAGAAAUAUCCGGAGAUUGAAUGAGCUGGUGCAGAGCCUUAGAACACAGUUACUCCAGUGCAGGGGCGAACACGAGGCAGAGAAUAGCAUGGUGACGCCCAUGACUGAGCUUCUAACAGUGCUCGACCAGCAGCCGUUGUUAGAUGAUUAGAUCCCAUGGUACUAACCACCAUACUUGAUGUUUGCAGGUUCUAUUUAUGCUCAGUAAUCAGUAAUCUAGCUUCAUGACUCUAUCCAUCACUGAUAUUAUAUAUCAAAUACAAGCGUCAUUGUAGAUGCUACUGUGUGAAUUCCUUCCCUAUUCUAGUUUCUUAUCUGUGAUUCCUGGGUUUGAUUCAUCUAGUUCAUGCUGUGGCUUUAGAACUGGUGCCGCUAUCUUGAAACAUCCAUUGCCCUCUUUCACACCUUGACAUCACUAAAACUUAGACCAUUCUUAUAUUCAAUGCUUUCUUAGUACUACAAACUAACUAUUGCGAGUACGAAUCAUAUGCAUAUAUAUAUAUAUAUAUAUAUAUAUGUGGUACAAUAAUUUCUU